GGGUACAGAGCCGAACGGUGCAACAACGGCUUAUCGGGCAAAAAGAGCUAGCGCUAAUAAGAGCGAGGCCCAAUCUCUUCGAGGAGUGGAAAGAACUUGACGUCACCGAGGGAGGCCUCUUUGCGCACGGAACGCGGCGAGCUUUUUUUCCCUCGGCACGGCGCGGUCGAGAGCGAACCUCCCCGUUCAACCGACGACGCCGGAAAGCAGGCGCUGCUCACUCACUCGGCCGAGCGCGAGAUCGCCGAUUCGAAAAGAGGCAGCGGCACAACUGCGGAGAGCGACGCAAAGGAUCGCGUAGCCGCCGUCGUUGUUCGUCCUGCGUGUCUGCUCUGCUGUGUCCACCGCACGACAACGUACGGCGGUUCCGUCUACCCCCUCCACAACAGUGUGUGUGCGCGAAAAAAGUAUUUUUUUUUUUUAUAACGUCCCCGCCUUUAUUUUUUUUUUCUUCCCUCCUUGUUUGUACUUAGCGCUGUUUUUGUUUAGCCGCAGUAACUUUCCCCCUUCCCUUUUUUGUGCGCUUCCCUUUCUCGCGCUCCGUCUCCUUUCCCGUUGUGAACCGAGGCGGCUCACGCGACGAUCCUCUGAUCAAACGAACGAACGACCGAUCCUCGAGUGCAAGGGUGCCCUUUUCUGCUCCUCCGGCGCCUCUUUUUCAUCUUCUCCGAAGCGGAGGGACUUUUUGAACUCACAACUACGCUCUGUAAACUUUUUUUUUUUUUUUGCAUUAGAGGUUGUUUUUUUUGAGCGAAGGAAACUUUCAGUGAGGAGUGUAGGGAACAGGAUUCAGCCAUGGUUGACUCGGUGAUAACUGUGAAGCUACAGCGCGGCGAAGGAACGCCCUGGGGGUUUCGGCUUUCCGGAGGCAAAGAUUUCGGAUUUCCACUUUCCGUCCAACGGGUGAAUCCUGGAAGUCUGGCCGAGAAAGGAGGUCUCCAGGUGGGAGAUGCCUUGCUGAGGAUCCAGGGGAAGUCCACUGACGAACUGAGGCACAAGGACGCUCAAGAUGCCAUCGUGCGCGCCGGAAACUACCUGGAACUCAGCGUGCAGAGAGGUGCGAGCAUGACCUGGAAGCCCAAGGUGACUCCCGUUGGAGCAGCGCCGAGACCCGGGCCAAUCAGCAACGGUGAACCGGCUCCGGUCACGAAGACUUCGCUCGCUGCCAACAAACAGCCCUACAAGCCUAUCGGAACGGGUCACAACACAGCAGCCAAGCCUUUCGGCGGGACGAUGGCUGCCGUGGUUCACAACCAGUACAACUCUCCGGCCCCCAUCUACUCGAUGAACAACAUCGCCGACACGCUCUCCAAGCAGACGGAGGUCCUCACAUCGGGCGCUGUUGGCAUCAACUUCAUGAAGGGCGACAAGCCGCUGAACAAGGAGUCUGCCGUGUACCGAAUGGUCCUCGAAGAAGACAAGCAUCCGAAAGGUGAACAGAACGGCGAUCUCGUCAGCCUGUCAGAAACACGAACGCAGUCGCUUGCCUUUCGGAAGCUGGUCGCCGCUCUCGGGGACGAAAACGGCGUGAACGGAGACGACGACGACAACGACGAGCAUGUGACAGACUUCGGCGGAGCGAGCAGCCCCGUGCCCGUCGGCCAGGUGCCGGCAGCGGUGGGCAGCCAGAGCCCCGCGGCCUGCCAGAGCCCGACGCCGUCUCCGUUCGUCAACCUGCGUCACGUGGAGGCCCCUAAGACUGCCCCGGCGCCCCCGCCGUCGUCCAACACCACUGUGGGCGGACCCAACACCUGCGCCGACUGCGGAAGGCUCAUCGUGGGUGUUUUUGUCCGCAUCAAAGACCGUUCUCUGCACGCUGAAUGCUUCCGCUGUGCUACCUGUGGAACAUCGCUCAAGAACGUAGGAUACUUCAACGUCAAGGACAAGCUGUAUUGUGAUAUCCACGCCAAGCAAGCUGCUCGUCAUAUCGCACCCGGAAGCAACCUGGAGCCUGUGCCAGUUCCACCUGGAGGCCACCUGCCGCAAAACGUCCCGCUGGCCCCCCUGGCCCCCCUGGCCCCCCUGACUUCGACGUCCCCUGCUGCCCCGAUGUCGGGCGUCGGCCAGACGCCGCCUCCGCCGCUCUUCUCGGCGUCACCCAAGUUCACGUCGUCGACGGCUCCGUUCACCCCUAGUCAGGCGGCGCCCAUGCACUCGCCUGUGCCGGCCUCGGGCCCGGGGCAAGCGCCUGUGGCGGCAGCGCAGCAGCCACCACCGCCGCCCGACAGCCCGGGCAUCUGCUAUGACUCUCCCGUCGCCCUCGGCCGGUCAGAUUACCGACCAGCAGCUCCGUACAUGCCUGCCUCGGCGCCCAAACCUACGACUCCUCAGGGUCGUAAGACGCCCCCAGCUUACGGAGGCCUCAUCCCCCUCCACCCCGUGACUGCACCCCCGGCUGACGCCCACCGUCAAGUGCCAGGAGGUGCCAAAUUCACGUGGCCUCCGGCCAAGACCGGCGGUCCCAUCCCCGUCGGGGGCGGAAGCGCCCCGCUCGAGUCCAACUCGACUCCGAGCGUCCCGACGUACCGGCCACCACCAGGCACCCAGCGGGUCGUCCCGCCGCCUCCGGUUGCCGGAGUGCCCAAGUUCGGGGCUCAGACCCCGACCUCGUUCCAACCCGCCGCUGCUCCGCCUUACUUUCCCCCUCCCGCCGCCCCCAUGUCGUACUCCCCCGUCAUGAGUCCCGCUUCGUCGCGGCCUUCGUCCUUCGUGUCGUCGUCGGCGGGCAGUCCGAUCCCGCCGUUGUCGGCGUCGGCCAAGGUGCCUCCGCCGACGGCGCCCAAGCCGUCGUCCGCGGUUCGGGCCGGGCCGCAGGUGGCGGCCAGGCCUAAGCCCGGCGGCGGUGGGCCCUGGGCUGCCAACGGCAUGGCGAGCGGCGGCUCAGCCCCGUUUGCCACUGGCACUUCAGGUCUGUCCCAGGGAGUCGGAUCCAGGCCGGCCCCGAAGAGAGGACGGGGGAUGCUCUCGCAGCAGGUGGCCAUCGGAGGAAAGAUACCCAUCUGCUCCAACUGCGGCUCUCCCAUACGGGGCCCCUUCGUGACGGCCAUGGGCAAGAACUGGUGCCCAGAUCACUUCCUGUGCGCCAACGCCAGCUGCCGGAGGUCUCUCCAGGACAUCGGCUUCGUCGAGGAGCAGUCCAAGCUGUAUUGCGAGCACUGCUACGAGUCCUACAUGGCGCCCGUGUGCAGAAAGUGCGGCCACCGCAUCAAGGGGGAUUGCCUCAAUGCCCUGGAACAAACAUGGCACCCGGAGUGUUUCGUGUGCAGUUACUGCAAGACUGCCUUUGGCAACAGCUCUUUUUACCUCGAAGACGGGAUGCCUUAUUGCGAAAAGGACUGGAACGAACUGUUCACCACAAAAUGCGUGGGAUGUGGAUUUCCCAUCGAGGCUGGAGACCGCUGGGUUGAGGCCCUUAACAACAACUAUCACUCGCAAUGUUUCAAGUGCACGAUCUGCCACAAGAAUCUCGAAGGUCAGAGCUUCUUCGCUAAAGGAGGUCGCCCUUUCUGCAAGGCCCACGCCCGCUGAGCGAGUCGCCCUGGUCACAGUUCUCAAGGGAGACCCCGACUGAUCCCGCCGCAGCCUUUUGGGAUGUUCUGGAACAACAAGGCCUAGCUCUCUGCGCUGGAUGACGCUACGAUAUUUCCGCCAACGGCCUUAAACUCGACUUUGUACGGCCCGCAGCAUCUGUUGAGGAACGCGUCUAGUCUAUGUUUUAACUUGUAAGCGGCAAAAUGGUUUUGCUCCCCGAGUCCUCUUUUCGCUAAUCGCCAUGCAAGCUCGCUCUUCCUGCCGACAUUUUCCAGGCAUUACAACUAAACAAAAAUCGCCAUCUCAUCGUGGUACGUGGGAACAGAAGCGAAAAAAAAACAAACUAUGGUAAACUUCCUCAGUCAAUUUCUAUAGCGAAGGCCAAUUUCAAAGCCACAUAUCUGUGAACACGGUGGAAGAAGAGACGUCUCCAAACAAAGUCACCCAAGGCGGCAAAUGUCUGCUCCGGUUUGGCCUGAGCGCACUUUUGCUGAGGCGAAACUCAGACAAUAGACAACCAAGGCGCAAACGUCUGCUCAGGCAAAAGCCGGCUCAGACACUGUCGGUUUAGGACCGUUGCGCAGGCGCGGUAGCGCACUGCGUGGCCUCGUAAAGGUGUUCGUGAUUGAGGACGACUCUUUAAUUGACUCUCAUCGGCCCCUUCCAUGCUGCGCCAUCUCAGGGCGUUUGUCUGAAAUGCGAGCGAGCCACAUUUGCUCCGUGGCGAGGCGGCACCGUUCAGACAGCUCUCUCUUCUUCCACUGUGUCUCUGAGUAUACUUAACCUGCGCUGAACUGUAGGAAAUGUAUGUAUCCUCCUCCUGUUUCACUGAUAUUUGUUUUUCUUGAUGCUUCCUUUCGAUGGUUUUUAUCAUUGAUGCAGAUCUAGUCGUUUUUUUUCCUCGUUUGAUGUUUGUUUGGCUGUUUGACGUAGAUUGUGCUCUAUAAACUUGCUCUUAUUGUUCUUUGUUUUCGGAGUGAUGUAGACACAAUAUUACCGAGCUGCUGAUUACGUGAUGUGCCAUGCUUCGGCGACUCUUGAAUUUCGCUGUGUUAUUGUUAUUAUGAAAAACAAUCGAAAUAAAAUGUCUAAAAAAGUG